UAUGCAAUCUUAACAAGCUCGAAAGAAGGAUCGAAAUACCGCCACUGCCACCUCUAAAUAGGGACAAAAAAUGUAUACUCUGCAGUAAGAGGAAGGUGUCUUGUGGAGUUUAACCGAUCGAGCGUUUCCCAUACAAGCACGAGAUAGUGCCUCGACACAGCUAUUAUGAUCAGUUUAUGUUGAUCCACUCAGGCGCGAACACUAUGAACGCCCGCACAAUCCUAUUCACGGUGGUCCUGAUACUAAUAGAUUGCAUCGUAGCCUCGGCAAGACAACAAUAUCAACAGAGAGUCCCGAGUCAUGCCGACUAUUCACGCAGGAUCCCUUCCAAAAAAGGCCGGAUCACACUGAAGCCAAUGAACCAACCAAGGAAGAGGCCCCCUCUGCAAAUGGAAACUACGCUUCGUCGAUAUUUGGAGCCUCCGGCUGCCAAUUCUGUGUCUCAUUAUCGACAUUACUUACUCGCCAAAGACGAGAGCUUCCCCAAGAAUCAUAGGCCUAAUUACUCUUCCGUCGCGCAUAGACAUUUCCGAAAAGAUAGGCCGCAUUAUGUAAGAGAUCACGAUCCUUUUAACGACAACAAUGACUAUGAUAAUAAUGAACAAGAUAAUAAGGCAACGCAGUCAAUUGAACACAAAACUAAGAAAAAACAAAACAAAAAGUCUUCAUUGGAAUUAUCACCAGACGGUGACAGAGUCGAAUUUCACAUCCAAGGACAAGACGGACCGGCAACCUACGUGUUUGGUUUCGAUACCGGCGACGAAAAAAAUCGACAAUUCAGACUCGAGGAGAAAUCAAAAGACGGUACUGUAAAAGGACACUAUGGUUAUUACGAUGCUCGCGGAAAGUUGCGAGCCAUCAAAUAUGUAGCUCGCCCGGAGGAGGGUUACGUAGAGAAACAUCAUCAACAGUUGAGCAACGGGUCAUCAGAGGAAAAAAUAAAUUAUCCCACUGAUUAAUGAAAAAAUCUCGAAUAUCCAAUU